AUGCUUACAUGUAAAGUAAAUAUUACAAAGGUUUUCAAUGUAGGUAGUCAUAAUCAACAAAAAGGCCGUCAUCGUCAUCAACAACGGCGACAAAAAAAACAGCAACAAAAAAAACACCAGCAACAACAUAAAACGGAAAUAAUUGUACCGGUGGCUGGUAUUGAUUUAACAUUUACGAUCACCUCGGAUAGUCCGAUGGAAGUCGAGGUGGAGGCACCGGCGGAAAUCGUCCCGGUGCGUCGUGGUGGCGGUACUCAGGUACCGACUAGUGGUGAUGGUGGUGGAGAUAUUCAGGUUCCGACUUGUCCUUGUGGUCGUUGUGGUGUUCCGGUGCCAGUUCGAGCUCGUCGUGGUAUCCAACGACAUGGUCCUCGCCGUCAUCAACAACAAAGCAAAAAACAACGACAAGAAAAACAACUACAAGCACAACAAAAGCUACAACAGCAAAUACAACAACAUUUACAAUCAAAUGAACGAAAUAAAUGCCGUUCGACUAAACAAAAUAAUAUAAGUUAA